AUGAAUCCUCACAAGCACAGAAAAAUAGAUUCUUCCACCUUUCAACCCGCCAUGCACUCUUUAUCUGUUGAUGAGAUUUUAUUAGAGCCUUAUAAUUAUCUUUUGUCUAAUCCUGGAAAAGACAUUAGAGGAAAGUUGAUCGAUGCUUUCGAUCAUUGGCUUAAAGUCCCCAAAGACAAAUUGUCCACUAUUACCACUGUUGUUGAAAUGUUGCACACUGCCAGUUUAUUAAUUGAUGACGUAGAAGACGAUUCAGUUUUACGUCGUGGUAUUCCUGUUGCUCAUUCUAUAUACGGUGUACCUGCAACUAUAAACUGCGCGAAUUAUGUUUAUUUCCUUGCUCUAAAUGAACUUACAAAAUUUGAUAAUUCGGAAAUGCUCAAGAUUUACACGUCUGAACUAAUAAACUUGCAUCGAGGUCAAGGAAUGGAAUUACAUUGGAGGGAUACAUUGACAUGCCCUUCAGAAGCUGAAUUCAUUGGAAUGGUUUCAAAUAAAACUGGUGGUUUAUUAAGAUUGGCAGUUAGACUUAUGCAACAAUCUAGCGAGUCAAAGAUCGAUUACGUGCCACUAGUUGAUGAUAUUGGCAUACAUUUUCAGAUUCGCGAUGAUUAUAUGAAUUUGCAAUCGAAAAAGUAUGCUGAUAACAAAGGUUUUUGUGAAGACUUAACUGAAGGAAAAUUCUCUUUCCCUAUUAUACAUUCAAUUCAUAGUGAUCCUAACGAUAGAAGAUUACUCAAUAUUUUGAAACAGCAUACAACUUCUAUUGAGUUAAAACAAUACGCCGUCAAUAUAAUGAAUGAUACCGGAUCUUUUGAAUAUACUCGUAAUUAUUUGACAAAAACUGAAACUUUGGUUCGCGAAAAAAUUGAAAACCUUGGUGGAAAUCCUUUGUUGGAGGAAAUUAUACAUCUUUUAAGUAUUAAAGAAUAA